AUGGUGCUCUCAGCUGUUCUCGAAGUUGAUGUAAAAGCGCUGAAGGCACAUAAAUAUUGUGAUACAAAUGGCACCUGGUUUCGGCAUCCAGUCUCCCACACAAUCUGGAGCAAUUACACGACUUGUAUCAAUAUCGAAGAUCUAAUUUGGCAACAAGGUAUCAAUGGCAUCUACGAAGUAGGCUAUGCCAUAUCAUUAGUGGCUCUACUUUUAUCGCUAGCGAUUCUCACAUAUUUUCGAUCGUUGAGAUGCGCAAGGAUAACUCUGCACAUGAAUCUAUUCGUUUCGUUCGUCCUUAACAACGCACUAUGGUUGAUCUGGUAUAGAUUCGUUGUAGCUAAUACAAAUCUUUUGUUAAACAAUAGCAUAAUAUGCCAGUUGUUACAUAUCCUCCUUCAUUAUUUCCUCUUGACGAAUUACGCAUGGAUGCUUUGCGAAGGCUUUUAUCUUCACACAUUACUCGUUCUAGCGUUUACAAGUGAGCACAGAUUGGUGAACUGGCUUAUGGCACUUGGUUGGUCGAUGCCAGGGAUCAUCGUUACCAUUUAUGCCAUUUUAAGAGCCACAAGCUACGAUCCCGUAGACACCGAACAAUGUUGGAUCAACGAAGGCAAUUACAUGAGUGUGUUGGUCUAUCCGGUAUGCGUGUCGACGUUGUUGAACGUUCUAUUUCUCUUCAACAUCGUACGCGUUCUUCUAAUGAAAUUGCGUGCUGGUCCAGCGAUAGGAACGAGACCGUCGAGAUCAAUGCUUCAAGCUUUCAGAGCAACGAUGUUAUUGGUACCACUUCUUGGCCUUCACUAUCUAGUCAUUCCGUUCAGGCCACCGAAGAAGCACCCUUGGGAACACGCUUACGAAGUUAUUUCAGCGAUUACAGCCUCUUUCCAAGGCCUCUGCGUUGCCGUAUUUUUCUGCUUCUGUAACGGAGAGGUCCGAUGGCGGGAGAGGAGAAGGUGUGACUAUCAAUCCGCGAUGUCGGUUGAACCGGAUAAAUAUGAAGAAGAUGAUCGUCAACGACAAAGCGUUAUGCAAUUGGUCGCUCAUCAUGAAAGUAAUAUAGCCAACAACAACAGUCACGCUAAUGUUUUAUUAAAACGUACGGAAAAUAUCAACGAGCCCGACCAGACACAAUGUUGA